CAACUUGUGUUACCAUGCACAUACUCCACAAACUCGUCAUUUUACAAGCCUGCGUUCUUCUUUUAAUACACUUUACGCAUGAAGUUUCCGUUGAAAUAAACGUGAUACCUAAGGAAAUCGGUGAACGAAUAGAAAAGGACUUGACAAUCUUUGGUCAAAAAUUACGUCAAUAUUCAGAAUAUUAUGAACAGGCAGUGUCUUCACUAGAUUCAACGAAGGAAACAAUUGAAUGAGGUUGGUAAUAAUCUUCUUCUAUAUAGACAAAAGACAUUUUGAUAGGCAUUCAUCCACCCUCAGUAUUACUAUUAAACAUUUUAAUAAUGUAAUAAUGAUAGUAAUAAGCGUUUCCGAAAUUCUUGAAUAUGCAAUUAAUUAUUUCUGCCAAUUUGUUAUUAACAUCUGAUCAAAUGGGUAUUCUGAGUUAUGAUGUGACAAUCACAUAUAAUUAUUUUUUUCACUAAAGAAGUGUUGAAUAUGUCACCAAGCCUAAAAAGAAAACAUCUAAGACCGAAUGCUAUAGCUCCGAAAACAACCGAAUUCUUCUUUUAUCGAAAUCUACUAAUCUUUACGAUUCCACAUUUACACGUGUACUGAAACGAUAUAAAGUAAGUUGAAGUUAAGGCAGAGCACCGUGGAAUGAACUCAUAAAUAAUUUUGUAAUACAGUUUUGUUCAGCCGAAACCUAGAAGUCUAGGCGUUUAUA